AUGUCAACUCGUCAAUGUGCAGCCAUCGUGGUGGGCGCGGGCCCAGCCGGUGUGGCAGUCGUGGGGAACUUGUUAGAGCGCCAGUUAGGCACCAUCGCCUGGAUUGAUCCUAGUUUCGAAUCAGGCCGCGUUCACCGCAAAUAUCGCGAGGUUCCCAGUAAUACCAAGGUUGCACUGUUCCAGGCCUACGGCACCGCCCUGCAACCUUUCAGGACCGUAAUCGAGAAUACACCACAACCCAACGCCUUCACCACAAUGGCGAAGCUGGAUCAGGAGAAAACCUGCCACUUGCACUAUGCGGCAGAUAUGAUCUGUGGGCUUACAGAUGGCCUCAAGAAGAUGCAAGAUGUCUAUGCCUGCCAUGGAUUCGUCACAUCGGCCAAUCUGAGCAACGAUAGCUCGAAUACUGCUAAAUGGACUGUGCGCGUGAAACGCGACAGCUCUCCCGAUGAAGUCGAAAUUCAGUCCUCUCGCUUGAUCCUGUGCACCGGCUCGCACCCCACAAACAUCCCCGUUCCCGUCCCAGGGUUGGAUAUUGAGUCUUUAGAUCUUGAUACCGUUCUUAAGCCUUCGGAGCUUGCAGAGACACUCCCCACCCAAGAACCCACAUCAGUCGGCGUAGUCGGUGCCUCCCACAGUGCCAUUCUUGCUCUGCUCAACCUGCUCCAGCUCGCUCGCACUUCACACCCGCAACUACGGGUCAAAUGGUUCACCCGACACCCUCUUCGCUACGCUGAAUACAAGGAUGGCUGGAUCUUACGUGAUAACACCGGGCUGAAGGGUAUGGCGGCAGACUUUGCUCGUGCCGAGCUGGAAGAUGAUAAGCUUCCGACCUCACCUGCAGGCAAAAUCAUCACCAAGAUUGAUUGCUCCGGCGGCGAUGCCCGCGAAUCUGCUCAAUACCACGCCCAUCUCCCUGACUGCUCAUAUCUUGUUCACGCUGUUGGUUUCACUCGUGAUCCACUGCCACAGCUUAUCAAGGAUGGUGUACCGCUAUCUAUGGAGUUCGACCAUGAAACCGGUCGUUUCCAUGAACAGGGUGAUGGCCCCGUAAUCCCAGGACUAAUGGGUGCCGGGAUUGCUUUCCCUGAGCGUGUCAUUGAUCCUUAUGGUAAUGUUGAGUAUGCGGUGGGAUUCUUCAAGUUCAUGAAGUUCUUGAAGAGGGUGGUUCCAUCAUGGUAA